GCGGCGCGCGGGCGGCAGUGCGGUGCGCGGAGCUGGUCGUGCUCUCCCGCUCCCCUCGCAGCGACCCGCCGCCGGCCCGGCUCCGCGCAGACAUGGCCAGCGGGGGCCUGCAGCUCCUGGGCUUCGUGCUGGCCUUCCUGGGCUGGAUCGGCAUCAUCAUCAGCACCGCCAUGCCCCAGUGGAAGAUGGCAUCCUACGCGGGGGACAACAUCGUCACGGCCCAGGCGCUCUACGAGGGGCUGUGGAUGUCGUGCGCCAUGCAGAGCACGGGGCAGAUCCAGUGCAAGGUGUUCGACUCGCUGCUCAAACUGGAGAGCAGUCUGCAGGCCACUCGGGCUUUGAUGGUGGCUGCAAUACUCCUGGGCCUUGUUGCUGUAUUUGUUGCUGUGACUGGCAUGAAAUGCAUGAAGUGCAUGGAAGAUGACCAGGUGAAGAAAAUGCGGAUGGCUGUCUUCGGUGGGGUCAUCUUCAUCAUUGCAGGUUUGGCAGCGCUGGUGGCCACAUCGUGGUUUGGCAACAGAGUGGCUCGGGCCUUUUAUGACCCUUUCACCCCCGUCAAUGCCAGAUACGAGUUUGGAUCAGCUCUAUUCAUAGGCUGGGCAGCUGCUUCUCUGGCCAUGCUGGGGGGAGCCUUCCUCUGCUGCUCCUGUCCACGGAGAGAAACUUCGUAUCCACCCACCCGAGGCUAUCCAAAAAAUGCCCCCUCCACAGGGAAGGAUUAUGUAUAAUGAAACAAAGAAGAGGAGCCACCAGCACUGGUAGUGAAAGCAUUUUGGAGAGGACACUACAAUGCCACUGUCCUGAGCAGAGUUCAGACUCUAGGUUCUGCCUUCCUCUUCUCCCAAAAAUGUGUAUAUUUUUGUAAUCCUCUUUGCUACUGGACAUCUCCUUUCUCUCCCAGCCCAUGGAGGAAGGCUAGCCUCGGUUCAUAGGUAUUGCCACUGGAAAGAUGAAACCUCCAAGCUUGGGUUAAGUUUAGUAUUUGGGAGUAAAAGGGAAAAAGAUACUGUUUUUUAGAUGGAUGUUGGUGCUUUUUUUUUAGUUGUUUUUUAAAAAAAAUAGAUGGUAACAAUUCAGUCCCAUAUCCCAUUAAGUUAGAGCCCAGUGUGGUGUGUGUAGAAAUUAAAGGAACAUAUAUUAUAUACAAAGUGAUGAAAGCAAUAUCUUAAGGGGAAACAUAAUUUUAGGGAAAAGAUUUUACAUGUAGGAAUGUUUUGAGGAGAUCUAAAAUGCUCUUGUACUGUCUUAUUGGCAUCUUCAUCACCCUCCUUUCUGUGUAGAUUGGCAUGGCAAAUGGUCAGACACAAUUAAAUUGCUGUGACUUAAAUUGAAAUCCGUAACUGUCCAUGCAUGUGCUGUUGGCCAAGAGAAGAUGCAGCGUAAGGUGGCUCGGCUUAACUGUGUGUCAUCACUCUUUUGACAAGAUCUUGUAAGUUGAUUGUGUCUGAGCAAAAGGCUGCAAAAUUGUGACUACAGAGAUUAGCAGACUCCCAAAGCAGCUGCAGGUUUCCCUGGUGCUGGGGAAGAGCUAAAGAAAAACGACUGCCUUCUGUUUUCACUGGGUGUCUCUGGUGGGGCUGUUGCUGCUGUUCCUUAGACACCAAGUGCUGCCAGUGCUUGUUUCUCUGUGUUCCCACCCUAGUACCUAACUGAGCUUGAAGCUUUAUCCCCUUGUGUGUGUUACAGGCCAGCUUUUAACAAACACUCUCUUCUUCCCUUAAGUCUUUCUCAUUUGGCCUUAGCUACUGAUCUUAGUUUGCCUUAUGCAGCUAAAUGUGUUAAACCAAACUGAAUGCACUGCUGCUCCCUGAUGUUUCCCCAAGGAUACCUCACAUGCUGCCAUUUGAUCCUGUCUCUUUUUUUCUUGUAAACAAUUUCAGUGAUGAUAUGAAGGCAAAUUCCAAGGAAACUGACCCAAAGGUUAUGGCAUUUUCUUUUAAUUCAAGUUCACCAAAGAGGAAGAAACUAGCAUUUUAAAGAUAAAGCCAUCCUUGCAUAUUAAGUCAUACCUUUUUUAAAAAAAAAAAUGCAGCUUAUGAAAGGUUCCCACCCCUUCCUCUGAAACACCCAGUGAGCCACUUGGUGUUUAGUCAAACACUGGCUGAGGUUGACUGGAGUGAAGUCUCGUAAUUCCUAGAAGAAUGGUACCAGUUCUCCAAAGCUCAACCUUGCUUUUUCUACAGAAGGAAACUGGUUGCUUCUGACCUGGCUUUAUAAUCAUGUAUGUGUUCACAGGCAUCAGAUUUCUUGAUUUCCUUCUGUAGAUGGGGAGAGCCUCUGGGGCUGAGCUAUGUACAACCAUGGCAUUGGUGGUUUGUAUAAGCCUUGCACCUCUGUUUGACCUGACUCUGCAACAUAAAGUUACUAAAAGAAACCAAGAGAGCAUUUGCUUCAGGCUUGAGUUGAUGUUGGCCUGUACUUGGAGCUGGGUCAUGUGGCUUCCACUUCUCCAUGGGGAAUUGCCUGUGCACAGCAGCUGCCUCAUGAGACCUCGUCUUAGGAGGUGGCGGCUCAGGUCACAUUAAAGAGCUGCUGAAGUCUAUGCUUUUGUAUUUGCAUUAACCCUGAGCCAGGGAGCAGACGCUUGUAUUGGGAACUUGUAUAAAGUGUUUAAACAAUUUCAAUAAAUGGACUUUUUUAAGGAAAA